AUGUGGAAGUCACAAUGUGCGAUCUUGAUCCAGAUGCGUACAAUACGGAUUGGACUUCGACACUUCUUGUUCAAGACCAAAGCAGCGAGACAGACCGGUGUAGUUGUGACGAGGGCUCACAAACACCAAAGCAUAUCCUUAUGUAGUUAUGUGACACCCGAGGAAAACGACGACGACGGACGGAAAGGCCUUGUGGCAAUAAAUCUAGGUGUGGAAGACGAUGGAACAACGUCACCAUCAAUUGCAACUAAGGCAGGGGAGGGUUUACACAGAGAGGGGAAGAGAGAGAGAGAGAAGUGUGAGAUCGAAGGUGGGAGAUAG